CUUCCAUCAUGGUACGCCUCCGCAGCGACGAAGGCGCUCACCCCCGAUCCCACGGCAUGUCCCACGGUCGCCGUGCGGCGGCCCGCACUGAGCAGUCGAGCCCCUCCCCUGGCGACCAUGCCUCCCGAAGGUUCGCCUCCCGGAAGGCUGUGGCCCCGCUGAAGUGCGUCUUCUCGGCCACGCCCACGCCUCACGGCAAGAUCCAGCUCAUGCCGCUGGCCACCAAACUGGGGCUCCUGGACGCGGCCACCGCUCGCAAGAAAGAGCUUGCCACCUCCUAUGGCAUGUUGGCCGCCGAGAUCCAAGCCACCCGCGAUGCCGGCUUCGAUAUGGGCAAGCUCGACGCGGUCAGCUACUAUUACCACUACAGCCCACUCCUCCAGGAGCAGGCCUCCUUCCUGGCCCUGCUGGCCCUGCUGGUGGCCUUCGGCGUGUGGACGCCCCAACGGAUGGACGAGUUCAACAACGCCCUCUUCGACCUGGAUGUCAAGCUGGACAGCCGGUUUGCCUCCAUCACCGACCGCUUCCGCCGAACCGGGCUCCUGUCCGGGGAGAUCGCCUCCGUGGUCGGGGGCUCGCAGGCCAUUGAGCCGUUCAUGUUUGUAUCUACGCUGACUGCCAACCGGCAGAACUUCGUCUCGCACGCCGUCAAACUGGGCUCCCUGCCCUAUUUUACCUUCUCCCUGAGCAAGGAGGUGCGCUCCCUCCAAAAGGACCGCUUCUCCAUCAGCAACUGGCGCAAAACCCAUACCCCCCUGCCCGGGGUGAAUGUGCUCGAGGCGCACCCCUGCACCGCGGCCUGGUCCGGGGUCCUGGCACGCAUCCUGGAAGUGCGCCCUGGCCGGCCGGCCCCAGUGGUCUCCGGGCCGCUGUACCCGAUGUACACCCGACCGGCCGGGGCGCGCGUGGUGUGGGUCAACUCCCCGGCCAUGGCCGAUCUCUUUGUGCACAUGCUCCACGCGUCGGCCGGCGUGUCUGGCCUGGACACCGAGUCCUUCCCCAGCGGCACGCAUGUGUCCUUCCCGGUGGUGCCGCACCUGGUGCAAGUGUGCCUGACCCCGGUGAAGCCGAACACCAUGGACUCCCUGGCCGACAUCAAUGCGGCCCUCGAUCAGUCGGUCAUCUUCCUGAUGGACACCCUCCGCCACCUGGACCUGGCCAAGCGCUGCCUCGGGGAGUACCUCCGCGCGGCCGGGCCGGCCAGGCGCUGGACCAACUUGGUGUACGGCCGGUCCAGUGACGUGCCCCCGACGGCCGCGCUGGCCGGCUUGGCCGGCAAGGCGCUUGUGCCCUUUGUCGACCUGUCCGAGACCCCGGCCGACAGGGGGGAGAGCCCCGAGCGCCGGGGCACCGAAGCCUCCCCCUCCUCCUCCUCCUCCUCCCUCCCAUCCGAUGAGGAUGCCGACAGCGGGGAGAAGCCCGACCAAGCGGAUGACCAGGCGUCAGCCUCCCCAUCGGCGACCACCAGCCCGGUCUACAGCCACGAUGGUCGGCCGGCCGUCAUCCCGGCCAACUAUGCCGGGCACCCGCACAAGGUGCCGGCCAUGCCUAGCAAGAGCUCCGGCCUGCGGAACAUGGUCUUCGACAAAGGCACCACCGGCGGCCUGAAGGGCCUGGUCGUGCACUGCUUCGGCGUCCGGCUCGACAAUUCCUGGACCAUGAGCGACUGGUCGGUCGGCGAGGAAGGCAUGACCCCGGGGCAGCUGGAGUACGCCGUCAAUGAUGCCGUUGUCCUGGUGGAGCUCUUCCUCCGGUAUGGCUUCUACUUCGGCCAGCAAAUGUCCGAGGCUGGCGCCGAGACCGAGGCGGAACUGCAUUAGCGGGUCCUUUUUUUUUUUUUUUUUUUUU